GCAGUGUGUCUGCCCUCCCACCCUAAAAAAUCUCUCUCUAUCUCAUCGUCGAUUCUCAUUUCCGUUCGGAUCCCCGACGAUUUAUCCCCAUUUUACCCUUCCCUCUCCUCUCUUAUCUCCAAAAUACCUAAAAAAUUUCGCGGAAAGUUACUAUAUUACAGUCUUUUUCUGAGUCCUUCGAGGUCGAUUACAAUUUUGUUGUGUUUCUCUCUUAGAAUUUCAAUUAUCAUUUCUGUUAUAGAGGAGAGGGAACAAAAAAAUUGAAAAAAAGGGAAAAAAGGUUUUUGGAAAAAGUUGAAGAAAAAGAGGCGUUGGAGGGGUAUUUGUGGAAGAAAUGGCGCAGAUUCAGGUGCAGAGUCCGGUGACUGGACCGAAUGGAGUGGCUCCUGGAGGGAACCAGUUCGUGUCGACGUCACUGUACGUUGGGGAUUUGGACUUCAAUGUGACCGAUUCGCAGCUCUAUGAUCUGUUUAACCAGGUCAGUCAGGUUGUUUCGGUUAGGGUUUGCAGGGACCUUAGCACUCGGCGUUCUCUCGGAUACGGUUAUGUCAACUAUAGCAACCCUCAAGAUGCGGCUAGGGCAUUGGAUGUAUUAAACUUCACUCCAAUCAACGGCAAGGCUAUUAGAAUCAUGUAUUCUCAUCGGGACCCCAGUGUCCGUAAAAGUGGAACAGCAAACAUAUUUAUUAAGAAUUUGGACAAAACAAUUGACAACAAAGCAUUACACGAUACAUUUUCAAGCUUUGGGAACAUUCUUUCCUGCAAGAUUGCUACAGAUCCUAAUGGCCAGUCUAAAGGCUAUGGUUUUGUACAAUUUGAUAAUGAAGAAUCUGCUCAAAAUGCCAUUGAUAAGUUGAAUGGCAUGCUGCUUAAUGAUAAACAAGUUUAUGUUGGACAUUUCCUUCGUAAACAGGAAAGAGACAGUGUAAUGAGCAAGACAAAAUUCAAUAAUGUUUAUGUAAAAAAUCUGGCAGACUCUACUACUGAUGAAGAUUUGAUGAAAACUUUUGGAGAAUAUGGAACAAUUACCAGUGCAGUAGUGAUGAGAGAUGGAGAAGGAAAAUCCAAGUGUUUUGGUUUUGUGAACUUUGAGAAUGCAGAUGAUGCCGCUAAAGCUGUUGAGGCCUUAAAUGGGUACAAAUUUGAUGAUAAGGAGUGGUAUGUUGGGAAGGCCCAAAAGAAAUCUGAAAGAGAGCUUGAGCUAAAAAGUCGGUUUGAGCAGAAUGCCAAGGAAGCAGUGGACAAGUAUCAAGGAGUGAAUUUAUAUAUAAAAAAUUUAGAUGAUAGCAUUGACGAUGAUAAACUCAAGGAGUUGUUCUCUGAGUUUGGUACAAUUACUUCAUGCAAGGUUAUGCGUGACCCCAGUGGAAUCAGUAGAGGAUCUGGAUUUGCUGCAUUCUCGACUCCUGAAGAAGCUUCUAGAGCUCUUGCUGAGAUGAAUGGGAAAAUGGUUGUCAGCAAACCACUUUAUGUUGCCCUUGCUCAGCGGAAAGAAGAGAGGCGAGCAAGGUUGCAGGCACAGUUUUCGCAAAUGAGGCCAGUCGCAAUGCCACCUUCCAUGGCUCCUCGUAUGCCAAUGUAUCCUCCUGGUGCUCCGGGUAUUGGACAGCAACUCUUUUAUGGGCAAGCUCCACCAACCAUAAUUCCUCCCCAGGCUGGAUUUGGCUAUCAGCAGCAGCUUGUUCCAGGAAUGCGACCUGGUGGAGGUCCUAUGCCGAAUUUCUUUGUGCCAAUGGUCCAUCAAGGUCAGCAGGGACAGCGCCCUGGUGGGAGACGUGGAGCAGGUCCUGUUCAACAAACUCAACAGCCAGUGCCUCUGAUGCAGCAGCAGAUGAUCCCAAGGGGACGUAUGUACCGUUAUCCAGCUGGUCGCAAUAUACCAGACGUACCAAUGCCGGGUAUUGCUGGAAGCAUGCUCUCUGUUCCAUAUGACAUGGGUGGCAUGGUUCCUCGAGAUGCCGCAAUGGGACAGCCUAUGCCAAUUACUGCCUUGGCUUCUGCCCUUGCAAAUGCACCGGUUGAACAACAGAGAACGAUGUUGGGUGAAAAUUUGUACCCACUUGUGGACCAGCUGGAGCAUGAGCAUGCAGCCAAGGUAACUGGCAUGCACCUGGAGAUGGACCAGACUGAGGUUUUGCAUUUACUUGAGUCACCAGAUGCUUUGAAGGCAAAAGUUGCUGAGGCUAUGGAGGUCCUGAGGAAUGUUCAUCAGGCAAGCAGCCCAGCUGACCAAUUAGCCUCGCUAUCCCUCAACGACAACCUGGUUUCAUGAGUGUUUUGGGUUGAUUAGCGGAUUGCAGAUGCAGUUCUGAUACAAUCAAGUUUCCUUGGUAGUGAAAUCCUGCAUUUGUGGGAUGAGUUGUUUUGGAUAUUAUGCAGGAGUCUUAAGAUUCAAACAUAAUCUAUUCUAUGCGGCUUGGAUAAUUUUUGAGGAUUCUAAGAUUGUCAGUAUUUUAUGUCUUGUUUUUGUCCCGAUGAGGUUUUAAUAGAACUUUAGACUUGUUUGAAACUUACUUGUGUGUCUCUUGUUUAUUUUAUUGCUUAUUACUCAAAUUUAUAUUGUGCAACCUCUGUUACUCUGCUUAUUUUGUUACUGCUUUUAGCAUAUUGU